AUGAUUCUGGCCAUCUUUUUUGCCUCUGUUCUUCUCUCUUGUUUGCCUUUUCUUCACUCUGCUACAGACCACAACAUUUCCAAAUCUAUCUGCCCAAAAGAUUUCAUUUGCCCAAAUUUUUCCCCAUUCACGUACCCAUUUUAUAAUACCACUGACACCAAUUGUGGGUUGAUCAAGGUCAACUGUACAUCAUAUGGUGGGGAAAUUGAAAUUGGAGGAGAGUCACAUGAGAUUGUUUCCAAGUAUGUGUCAGAUCCUCUGGUCAUGAUCCAUAACAAAACGUUUGAAAGACUUGUAAAUGAGACAAAGUGCGAGGCACUUGCGUAUAACUUCACUUCUCCGAGUCCUCUUUUGUAUUCGAUUUCAAUCCUACCCUUCAUCACUCUCUACAAAUGUACAAAUCAUACCAAUUCUAUAAAUGCCUCAAAAUACUUUCAACAACAUAAUUAUAGUGGAUACGACAGAUGCAAUGAUCAUGAUUUCUACUAUGAUUAUUCAAUGAUCAGCUAUGCAGAAUUUCUACCUGAUCUUCCGCCUACAUGUCAAGUAAUACAGCUUCCUGUGAAAUUUCGAGGGCCAAAUGAUCCUCAAGUACCUGACACUACCAACAUAUUUUCUAUUCUUGGUUCCACGUUCUCUGUUUCAUUUAACUUGUCAACUCCCUGUCAUAAGUGUCAUCAGGAAGAUGGCCAGUGUAAUAUUCACAAUGGAUUGUUUCAGUGUUUGGAUGCCAAAAAGGAAAAACAACGCAGAAAACUUAAGCUGACUCUAGGUGUUGCAGGAUCCUCCUUCAUCCUCAUACUCUUUCUUGUCAUCUUCAUAACAUGGGGCCGCUACAAGACAAACCCUUUUUCCUAUUUCUCAUCAAAAGACAAAUCACCAAACGCUGAAGAUGGGAGUACUCUCUUCCAUGGCGCCUCUGUUUUCUCCUACACUGAACUCGAAGAUGCCACCAGACAUUUUGAUCCAACUCGGGAAUUAGGGAAUGGAGGUUUUGGAGCUGUUUACUAUGGUAAACUCCAAGAUGGGAGAGAAGUUGCAGUGAAGAAACUCUACGAGCACAACUACAAAAGAGUACAACAAUUUGUGAAUGAGGUUAGAAUCCUCACCAGAUUACGCCACCCCAACCUUGUGGUGCUCUAUGGUUGCACUUCUAGACAAAGCCAUGAACUUCUCCUUGUGUGUGAGUACAUUUCCAAUGGGACACUUGCUGAUCACCUCCAUGGAAACCGAGCAAAUGCAAGCUUACUACCAUGGCCAUUACGGAUGAACAUUGCCAUUGAAACUGCCAGAGCUCUAGUGUACCUUCAUGCCUCUGAAAUCAUACACCGAGAUGUUAAGACUAGUAACAUUCUUCUUGAUCAUAAUUUUAGUGCGAAGGUAGCAGAUUUUGGGCUCUCAAGGCUCUUACCAGAUGAUGUCAAUCACGUGUCUACAGCUCCUCAAGGAACCCCAGGAUAUUUGGAUCCCCAAUAUCACCAUCGUUACCAAUUAACAGAUAAGAGUGAUGUUUACAGCUUUGGAGUGGUCUUGAUCGAACUGAUAUCAUCGAUGGUGGCUGUUGAUUUAAAUAGGUCUCAAGACGAGAUUAGUUUGGCUAAUCUGGCUUUAAACAAGAUCCAAAGAUGUGCGUUAGAUCAAUUGAUCGACCCGGUUUUAGGAUCCGAUUCAGAUCGUGAAGUCAUGAGGAUGGUUACAUCAGUAGCAGAGUUGGCUUUUCAGUGUUUACAGUUUUAUUCAGAAAUGAGGCCUACAAUGAAUGAGGUGUUGGACGUGUUGGAGGAUAUUCAAGCCCAGGGGAGAAUAGAUGCUGAAGAGUCGAAAACCCUAAAACCGCCAACUCGGUCGGAAAACACUGAUACGACGGUUUUGUUGAAAAACUUCCCGCCUUCGCCGGUGUCCGUUACUGGUGAAUGGCAUAGCGAUAGCACUGGAUCAACUACACUAAGCAUCAGAUAGAUUGGAGAUGAAGAAUCGUAUAAGAACAUAGGACAGAUUUCUGUUAAAUUUAUCCAUCGCUUCUACGCCCUAAGUAUAUAAAGUUUUGAUGAGAUCAUUAAUGUAUACCAUCGACUAGUAGCUUCAAAAA